AUGAUCCCCUACCAGUUGCAGGGUAGCUCACUGGUGCCCAGGCAGAAAGAGGACAUGAGGAAUGGCAAGUCUGCCCCUGUGCAGGACAGAGGCUGUGUUACUACAAAGCACCACCAAGGGAUGAAAACAGAACCUUGUUUCCAGAGGGACCCUCUGUUGCCUUCCCCUAGCUCAUCCCUCAUGUCACAGCUGCUCAGCCACACAGCAGUUGGCAGGAGCCUGGACCCCUGCACCCUUUUCCCUUCCUCUGCAGUGGAGCCGCCCCAGGGCUAUGAACUUGGUGUGCCUUUCAGAGAAGCAGCACAAACCCUGGCUAUCACCAGAACCUGUGGCCCUGCUCCUGUGCCCUGUGCAGCUGAUGGGGAGCAGCUCUCCGAUGAAUACCUACAAGCCAAGAGGGCUAGGGUGGAGAGCAUCAUCCAAGGCAUGAGCCUCCUUCCAGCCCACCAGGGCUUGGAGGGAGGUUUGGCGCUGGGCAGGGAGAGAGGUGGGGGAGUGCCCCACCAGGGCAAGAGGAAGCCGAGGGUACCUCAGCAGCAGGGUGCGGGAGUGGCUGGGCAAGGGGCACCUGCCGCUGGCAGUCCCCACACAGCAGAGUGCCAGCAGCUGAGGGAGCAGCUCUGCUUUCUAGAGCAGCAGCUGAGGUGGCUUCAGGAGAGGUUCUCCCAGGUCUGUGACUCUGGGGAUGCUGCCCAAACCCAGGAAGGUGCUGGGAAAGUGCAGCUGCUUCCUGGAAAAGCUGGAGACAGAGUGGGCAGGGAUGGUGUUGCCAACACCUGCCAUUCACACACAGCCACUCUCUGGGAGAGCAUCCUGGAGGUGGAUGGGCCCACGGCAGGGGAGGAUGAGGAAGGCAGAGGCAGUGCAGGCGUCCUGCCCUCAGUAGCCAGGGUACUCUCUCAGGCCCUGAAACACGAGCUGGCUGGGAUGACAUCCCGUGUGGUGGACUCCGUCUUGAAGACCAUGUGGCCAAAGGCAGCCAGCCACCUCCUACAGCAACGGCUAGAGCUAGGGCCAGAUGCCAGGGGAGGGUGUUUACCUGCUGGGAAAGGCAGAAAAUCACUUGCUAAGGCACCCUCCCCGAGCAUCCUGGGCUCACAUCGGCCAGAGGCACCAUCACUAUCACUGGGGAAGAACUCUCAGGCCAGAUCCUUCAGCCCGGAAGGGGUCAGAAACCUCCGUCAGGCACCCAGUGUGGGUCACAGGCCAGGCUCAGCUGCCCUGGCAGUGCAGGACAGUCAGCUGCUGGGCCAGCUGCUGGUCCACACCCCACACAACCACUGGGACAGCCCUACUGCCUCAGAGAGUUGGCGCAUGGAGCCCGCAGAUGCACGCUGGGCAGUCACCAAGCUGCGGCCAUUGGCAGUGAGGCCCCUGGGCCCUGACAUGGUGGAGGGGAACAGAACACCCCUUACCCCUACCCACGAGGCGCUGACCCCUGGCCACCUAAAGAAGGCCAAGCUGAUGUUCUUCUUCACCCGCUACCCCAGCUCAGCUCUGCUGAGGUCCUACUUCCUUGAUGUGCAGGUAGACCUGCUGUGGGAUGCAGGGUAGGAUCGCGGGGUGUGGGAUUUUGGUGCUGGUUUGUUGAGAGCCCACUUCCCCGCUGUGUCUGCACAGUUCAGCCGCUGCAUCAACUCCCAGCUCAUCAAGUGGUUCAGCAACUUCCGUGAGUUCUACUACAUCCAGGUGGAGAAGUUUGCCCGGCAGGCCCUGCUGGAGGGCAUCACGGAGGCCACGGCCCUGCGUGUCUCACGGGAUUCGGAGCUCUUCCGUGCCCUCAACAUGCACUAUAAUAAGGGAAACGACUUCCAGGUGCCCAGCUGCUUCCUGGAGGUGGCAAGCCUGACGCUGCAGGAGUUCUUCAGAGCGGUGCGGGCGGGCAGGGAUGCCGACCCCUCCUGGAAAAAGCCUAUUUACAAAAUCAUCUCCAAACUGGACAGCCACAUCCCCGAAGUGUUCAAAGCUGCGGGCUGCUCCCAGGAGCUGCCCCACAAUUGA